AGGUGCAAUUCAUACUUCAAUCUCAAUUUGGUGAGAAAUGGAGGGUCCUAGUUGACAACUACAAAUCGAUUUUUCUCUUUUAUUUUCGAUUUUCGAACUUAAAUCGUUACUCAUCCGUAGAUAGUUUCGGAUUAAAAAAGAAUUACGAAAUAAUAAAAAAAUAUUAUUUUUUCUUAUAUUUUGUUUUCUCGCGUUGCCUUUAAACUUCUUUUAAAAGUUUACAAAAACAACAACAAUUGCAAAAACAACAAACGUUAAUUUGUGUAAAAAUGUGGUAGAAUAAAAAAAUUUCGUAAAACUGCACAAAAAAAAAAAAACAAAUCAAUCGAACUCAUUGAUUUUGUAGAAGAAAAAAUUAAUUAUCUUUUUAUUCGAAUUUUCAAGAGUACUCGGUUUUAAUUUUGACGUUUCGAAAAAUGAGUCGACAGUAUAACUCGUCGCGUACUGGCGCUACCGUCGCUUAUGCAAAUAUUUCAAAUAUGAAAAAAAUGGCGUCGCGUCGUCAACCGGAUCAUGAAAGUGGUUAUUACGAAGAUAAUCCUGUACUAGAUUUUGCCCGAAUAAAUGGUAGCGAUGACUCACAGCCGCCAUCACAGCCGCCAUCUUCGGCUAAACGUCAAAAAUUAUCAUCUGAUGAUGAUAAACAAAAUCGUCAUCAUCAUGGUGGUGGUGGUGGUGGAUCGAGACAAACACAAAACAAAAAAUACAAAAAACAAUCAGAAUCGUCGUCGAUAACAAGUAACGUCACUGACAACAGUCAAACAACCAAUAACAACAACAACAAGAAAAGAGCAACAACUGCCAAUAGUAAACGUCACUUGAAUAACAACAACAAUAAUACCAAACACUGUGAUGUUGUGUUGGGGUCUCAAAAUCAUAAAACUAUAACCGACCAUAAUAAUCAAAAGAAACAACAACAACAACAAGCAUCAUCGGCAAUGACAGUGGCUUCAUCAGCAAUAACAACAACAACAACACAAACACCCCAACAAACAACACCACAACGCACGAACGGGACAACAACAGCAAUAAUGCAAAGCGAUGAAAUUGUCGAAGUGAACGACAGUGAAAGUGAAGACGAGGCUGUAAUGAAAAAGAGCACGAAAAAGGGUCAACAUCACCAUCAUCCGCCGAUGAGCGGUGGCAGCAGUGGCGGCAGUCCAAUGGGUACCGAUGACACGAGCAAUGGCAGCAAUAAUAAUAAGCAACAUCAGUCAAAUCAUCAACAGGCCACAAAUGAUGAUCGUGGCGGUGAUCGUGAUAGUGGGUCAGAGGUUGAGUGCGUUGCUGUCACGGAUGCCCAAACCAAUGCCGACACUGAGCAGUUGCAGCGGGAAAUUGAGGAAGUUACAACGGUGCACUCGAAAUGUACAGCAAGCGAAGAAGAAAAAGUAAACCUUUCCCACUUUCAAUUAAUCCGGGUCCUGGGGACAGGAGCAUACGGAAAAGUAUUUUUGGUUCGCAAAAAAGGUGGACACGACCACAGGAAACUAUAUGCAAUGAAAGUGCUGAGGAAAGCAACAGUCGUGCAGAAGAAGAAAACAGCCGAACACACAACGACUGAACGACAAGUCCUAGAAGCAAUACAACAAAGUCCGUUUCUUGUGGGUAUGCAUUAUGCCUUCCAAACAGACUCUAAACUUUAUUUGAUCUUAGAUUACGUCAAUGGCGGUGAAUUAUUUACACAUUUGUACAAAUCAGAGCAUUUCCCUGAAGAUGAUGUUCGCAUUUACAUUGCCGAAGUUAUUUUAGCUUUGGAACAUUUACACAAACUGGGAAUCAUCUACAGAGACAUUAAGCUAGAGAAUAUUUUACUCGAUGGCAAUGGUCAUAUUGUUUUAGCUGAUUUUGGUUUAUCGAAAAUAUUCAAACCGGACUCGAAUCAAAGAGCGCACAGUUUUUGUGGCACAUUAGAAUAUAUGGCACCUGAAAUAAUUCGUCCUUGUCCAGCUGGUCAUGAUCUCGCUGUUGAUUGGUGGUCUGUUGGUGUUCUAACUUAUGAACUUCUAACUGGUGCAUCACCAUUCACUGUAGUCGAACAACGUAACACACAAAAUGAUAUCUCACGAAGAAUACAAAAAAGUGAUCCACCACUGCCUUCAAGUUUGGGUGAAAUUGUUAAAGAUUUCAUUUUAAAAAUGCUCCACAAAGAUCCAAAAAAGAGAUUAGGUGGUAAUAAUAAAAAUGCAGAUGAAAUCAAGAGACAUCCAUUCUUCAAUGGAAUCAACUGGCAAGAUCUAAAGCGAAAACGAAGAAAAGCUCCGUUCAAGCCGAGAAUCACUUGCGAGGAUGAUACUGGAAAUUUUAGUGAAGAAUUUACUAAACUUUCUGUUGUUGAUUCACCGGCGCCAGUUCCUCCAAAUACCAAUAGACUGUUCAGAGGGUAUUCCUAUGUAGCACCUCAGCACUUGCAAAAGAAGACAACCAACAACAGACAAUUCAACGAAGAAGAAUUCUGUAAUCCGCCUUUAAAGAAUCCACCACCAUUAACCGACUUCAAGUUGGAUCAAUGUAGUUAUUCAAGUGGAAGUUUUGGUACCUGUUACAUUGCCUCGCAUCCAAAGAACAAUAAAGACUAUUCAGCUAAGGUCAUACCAAUAACUAAAUAUCGACCAGCCGAAGUGGAUGCUCUGAUUGCAUGUCGCGGUCAUCCUGGCAUUCUCGAUUAUAUCAAUACAUAUCGCUCAGGCUCAAACAUAAUUAUAAUAACUGAGUUUGUUAGUGGCUGUGAGUUGUUUCAUCAUAUUGAUGAAGAAGAUGGACUAUCGGAGAGUACAGCUUGUAAUGUGUUUCAACGGUUAAGCGAAGUUGUGCGACAUAUUCAUUCGAAAAAUUUUAUUCACGGUGACCUUAAGCCAGAGAAUGUUGUUUAUUGUGAUCCACAAAUGCGAUCAAUAAAACUUAUUGAUUUUGGAUCAGCAAGUUAUAAUAGCAGAGGAGUUGUUUGGAAGGACACACCACGCUAUACGCUCGAUUAUGCCCCACCAGAAGCACUCCGAUCUGCCGAUAGUGCAAUAUAUUCAAAAGCAUUUGACAUUUGGUCGCUUGGAGCAACGCUCUACACAAUGGUCAUUGGUCAUGCACCAUUUCGUCAUGGCAAAAAUGACCGAACAACAAACGAGGCUGUGAUCCGUGAACGAAUACUCAAAGGUGAUAUGUGGACGACGAAAAAUCCUCGAUGGCUGGCUACGUCGGUGGAAUUCCGAAACUUGGUUACAUCUUGCAUGCAAGUUGAGAAUUCAAAUCGUUUAACUGUCGGUGAAGUACUCCAGCAUCCAUGGAUGAUGACGAAAAAACACAACAGCCACAAUGCCAAUGGUGUUCAACAAAAGCACCAACAAAUUCAUAAUGAAGACGACGAAGAAGAGGAGGAAGUGGUUUUGGUUGAAAAUGAAGAUGAUGAAGAUGCAGAAGAAACAGAAGAAGUUACCACCGAUGUUGCAGUAGCAGCAGCAGAUGAUGAUGUGGUGGAUGCGAAAAGGUGGAGCAAAACAUCAUCAAUAUGCUCUGUACAUGGUUCAGAAUCCAAUCAAAGUAUACAACGGAGUAAUGGUUGCAAUGAAAGCGAAGGCGAUACAACCAGUGGCUUGGGGCGGAGUAAAAGCUCUGAUCAAGAAAAUACUUCUGCCGAUCAAUUGCAUACUCCUCAUCUGGAGGGUCUGGGAAGUUGUGAUGUUAAUUCCUCCUCCGAAGAACAAUUAAACACAUCCAUCAACAAUAACAAUGAUAUAAUCCUGCCACUUCAUGAAGAAACUACUAAAGAAAGUUCUAGUAAAUUUACACGUAAUUCAAAAAUACGAAAAUCAGCACCACGUCGACGAACACGUCGCAAUCUAACUAAACCAUCAAUCAUCAAUGUGCUCAAUCAAAGAUUCAAUGCAUUCAAAUGUGAUGAUUCGGAAGGUGAAGAACUAAAUGGUUUUGUUGCCGAUGGCAAAGAUAAGCUUUGUGAGAUUUUAAUUCGACGUAAAUAUUGGAAAAUGUUUAAUGCAUUGAUUUACUCUAAUCAAUGCCAAUUGAAACAUUUUAAAAUUGAUAGAAAAUACAAGGCUUUAGAAGAUGAACCAUCUGCGGAUGAGAAUGACGACGAAAGUAGUGGACAAUUCCCUAAGCCAAUGCCACCACCACGAGUACCUAAAAUUAAGAAAGAAGCUGCAUCGAGAAAACCCUCAGCAAUGAUGACACGGUCACAGCGGCAGCGAUUCGUCUUCGAAUGAUCAAUAUUAGCCGGAAUGCUGAUCAUCAUUACGUUCGAUUGUUCGAAUGAACGAAUAUGUUGUACAGCAUGCUGCCACCACCAAUACCAAUUAAACCAAUUAAAACCCAACCGCAACAACACACUGUCGUCUCCAAAUAAUAAAAUAAUAAUAAUAAUGGUACUUAGAUUUACUAUAUUGUUGUGGCGAACCAAUAAUUAUAAUAAUUAUAAAAUAAUUAUAAAAAAAAUCAAAGGAAUUCCGGAGUUUUUUCGAAGCUCAUAUUCGAAUUUUAAUCCGGAUAUCCGAAUUGUAGCCUUAAGUAGUUAUAUUCAUUAUAUUUUUCUCUUUUCAAGUGUUAUGGUUUUUUUCUAAGUUGUUUUUGUUUUUUUUUUUUUCUCAAAAAAAAAGAAAGGAUAUAAAUCUCCAUUUUUUUAAAAACAAUGUUGGCCCAAAUUUAAUUUUCAUUUAUAAAGAAAUUAUACAAAAAAUUAUUCUUCUUUUUCUAAUUUUUAAAUCCAAAAUCCAUUGUAAAUAUAAAUCAAACAAAAAAAAGUUUAAAACUAAAAAAAAAAACAAAGAAACAAUACAAUACAAAUCUACUGUUAAAUAUAUAUUUCUUUUUUCUUCAUUAUUAUAAUUAUUUUUCUUUUUUAAUUAUUUAUAACCAAUUUUUGUUCUAUAAGUUAAAUGAAUCACACAUUUCAAAAAGUAUCUAUUGAAUACUUUAUUAAAAAAAUUUUAUGAAAUAUUAAACUUGAAACCAUUUUAAUUGUGUUGAAAAAUAA